GUUUCUAGUCUUCCUUGUACGGUCCAUGUGGCGCCAGUACAAUUUUGCGCGCGCGACGAUCAUCUCGUCCUGGCAGCCUUUAAUUCGAAGCCCAUAUUGCACCUCGUUGUAGAAAUUGUGGCUGAAAGACGUGGCUAAGUACGUGAAGUUUUAACUGCCAUUGAUGGAUUUAACGCUCUUCAUGUGACGAUCUAAACAUGGCAGUGUGUUUAGUCGGGUUGGUCCUGCUGGCACUGGCGUUAGAUGCCGGCGGAUUUUAUAUAUCUCAGAAGUCGGCGACGAAGGUAGUAAACAACGAAACGUUUAUAGUUUUUUGUCGUGACGACGUCGGAGGCCUUCCGAUAAAAUGGAGAAACCAAAAAGGCGAGAUUUUGGGUCCGAAGACACGUCCAGCUGUCCACAAUACGUCUUACGGCACUUCGAUCAUGUUCACUAAUCCCCUGAGGGUGGAGGAUUCGGGCAAUUAUACGUGUUCGACGGGCAAGGAAGAGCGAGUGUUCCAGUUUUUGGUGGAUGCUCCGCUCAAAUUCACCGAUACUUCGACGAACCAAACGGCCGUAGAAGGCUCCGAAUUUAACUUAAAAUGCGAGGUCAAAGGCGGCUCGACCUCCUGGUCAAUGGACGAAGGCUCGGCAAUUACAGAUAAUGCAAAGUACGCUGUUCUUGGUGACGGCCUCCUGAUACGAAACGUCACCCGAUCUGAUAGCAAAACCUACAUCUGUAAAGGAGUUCAGCCAAGCACAGGAACGGUCCUCGACCGCCCCAUCCACCUCCACGUGUUGCACAAGCCGGUCCACCCGAACCAUCCGCAGAGACACGUCCGACAAGAAGUUAUCUACGGCUACAUCAACGGCACCGCCAAUCUGACUUGUGUCACGAUUGCUAAUCCCCCGGCCACCUUCGUCUGGAAAAAACACAGAGACCCCAAGAAGAAAAUCGGGAAAACCAUCAGCGAAUCGGACGAAAUCUCCAUCCUGCAAUUGCACAUUCGCGACAAGUCCUUCUUCGACAACUACACGUGCAUUGCCCGGAAUAAGUACGGGGUGUACGAGGAGCAUUUCACCCUGAAAGAGGGCGCCCGACCACUGCCGCCCAGCCAGCUCCAGUUGGAGGAAAUAAAAAGCAAGUCGCUCAUAUUCAAAAUACACGGCCCGGCGAAUUCGUCCGAGAUGGAUUUGGGAACGAAAGGAUUUAACGUGAAGUAUAAGAAGAUUGAUGAUAACGAAUGGAAACAAAAGGACUUUAAUAUCACACAAGACAAUUUGUAUUCCUUGGAAGGUUUGGAGCCAAACACCGAAUACGAAGUUCAAGCGGCGACCAGGAACGCUGCAGGUUUGAGUGUUUACGUCUCCUCCAGCACUUACACGACUUCGCGAGGCGCUGCUGUCCACUCGACUUUACCACAUGUUCUCGGCGCCGCAAUUAUAUCACUGAAAUUCUUUUGGUGACUGUAAACCGGAAAUAUACUUCAUUUACUAUACGUAUGGCUACCAUAGGGCGAGACCAGGAUAAUAAGUCUAAUAAAACGUUCCUUUCCACAAUUCCUCUUAAUCUUGUCAUAUCACUCAUCAUCUCACCUCAUUCAUUUGUGAUCGAUCAAAUUACAAAGUGAGGUCAUGGCCGAAUGACCUCAUUUUGACUACGAAUGUUUAUUUUUAAAAAGUGCCAUUUUGUACAUGUGAUUUAGUCGGUUUUGAUUGUUUACGUAGACCAAACUAUUCAGUGUAAAUAAUAAGUGUAUGCUAAUUAUUGUUGACUAACGUGCCAAUGUUAAUGAAUGUUGCAUUAUCGGUGUAGCUGUGUUUUUAGUCUCAUGGCUUUGUUUGGAAUGACUGACAAUAAGGUCGAUUUGUAACAUAUGUGAGAAGACAAAACGUUUCAAUAGCAUUACAAAUCCUAUAGGCGACUGUUUAUCAGAAUUUAUUCGACGGUUAUAUAACAAAUUGUAAAAGUUUAUCGCUUUUAAUUGUAUUUAUUACACAGAUCCGUGAUCUAAUUUUUGUUGUCUAGAUAUAAGACGUCGGCUCGCUUCGACAGGGCUCUAGGAAUAGUUGUUAUCGCCCUGCCGAAGCGGCCAAAUCCACGAUCAAAUAAAUUUGUUUUUCUAUAAA